AUGAAUACGACAUUAAAGAGUGUUAGUAGUGCUCUUUUAGAUGCACCUUAUCAACUAAAUAUAUGGUUUGGUUCAUUUCUUUGGAUAUUAGGCAAUUUUGGUAAUAUUGGAAAUGUAAUUAUAUAUAGUCAUCGAUCAUAUCGUCAACGAGCUUAUGGAAUUUAUUUAUUAGGUGAAGCAAUAUCAGAUUUUAUUUAUAUUGAUUUUCUAUUACUUACAAGAAUACUUCAAAAUGGUUUUCAAAUAUCAAUAACUGGACAUUAUAAUUUUAUUUGUAAAAUUCGACAAUUUGAUUCUGUAUGGAAUCCAUUAGUUUCACUUACUUUAUUUGCAUUUGCAAUUAUUGAUAGAAUAUUAUCUGUACAACGUUCAAAUAAAUAUCGUCAGUGGACCAAUCGUGUAAAGUUAUCUUAUAAAAUAUGUAUUGCAAUUCCAUUAUUUUGGUUAGUAUUUUUUGCUCAUCGACUUAUUUUAUAUAAUAUUAGAAGUGGAAGCUGUAAUGCUCUACCAGGCUUUUAUGCAUCAUUUGAUAGUUAUGUUGAAGCUGGUUUUACAGCACUGGGUGUACCAUUAGCAAUGGCAAUGCUGGCAUUUUUCUUAUUACGAAGUAUUAGAAGUGUUACUCAUGGGAAAGUUGUUCCUAUUAAUAAUAAUCAACCAGUAGCAACUACAACACGAUCAAAUCUUCAACAGAUUGAUUCCCAAGUUGCAUUCAUGCUUCUAUUACAAAUAGCUAUUUCUAUAUUAACACGUAUACCAUAUGUUGCUCAAGUUCUCUAUUCAAAUAUAACUCAAUAUUGGUCAAAAUCAGAAUUACAUAUAGCUAUAGAAAAUACUGUUAUUGAAUUUAUUCGUAUAUUAUCAUAUGUAUUUUUUACUACUAGUUUUUAUGUAUCAAUUAUUACAAAUGGAAGAUUUCGUCGACAAGUUAAAGGUUUAUUUCAAAAAAAACAAGUUAUUGAUCAUACAACUCAAUAG